CGUUAUCCAACCGUUGAAAAGAGAGCCAAAGUAUUCAAUGGAGCAAGUUACGUGCCUAUUCCUGAAGAUGGUCCCUUUCUUAAAGCACUCCUUUUUGAACUUAGAUUAUUGGAUGACGAUAAGGACUUCGUAGAGCGUCGUGAUAGUUGUACCCACAUCAAUAAAACAACCAUCUAUAGACUUUCAGUAGGAGGUGAAGAACUCUGGGCAGUGGUUGCUUUUCUGAAGAAUGGCAUGAUAUAUGCUAGUGUUCCACUUGUUGAACAAACUCUCUCCCCUCGUCCACCAUUAAUUAGCAUCAGUGGAAUUUCACAAGGCUUGGAACUUCUUUUUGAUAUACAGGAUUUUCUUUAUUCUAGUCAAAAAAAUGAUACUGAGCUAAAUACAAAAUUGAGCCAGUUGCCUAAUUUGCUUCUUCAGGCUUCUCCAUUUAGUACUUUAUUGGAUGCCAACUUACAGAAUUCAUUGGAUAAUAUUAAUUUUGCUUCUGUGUCUCAGCCACAGAAACAGCCAGCUUGGAAAGCUGGAACAUACAAAGGAAAACCACAGGUUUCUGUUUCUAUCACUGAAAAGGUAAAAUUCAUGCAAUAUGAUAAACAGGAUAUAGCAGAUACAUGGCAAGUUGUUGGAGCAGUCAUUUGCCGGUGUGAUUUAGAAGGAAUCAUGCCAAAUGUCACCAUCAGCUUGAACCUCCCCACCAAUGGAUCUCCACUUCAAGAUAUUCUAGUUCAUCCUUGUGUGACUUCUCUUGAUUCUGCCAUUCUGAUCUCUAGCAGCAUUGAUGCAGUGGAUGAUUCUGCAUUUAGUGGGCCUUAUAAAUUUCCAUUCGCUCCACCUUUAGAGUCAUUCAAUUUAUGCUACUAUAUUUCCCACCCUGUACCACCGAUUUUGGGUUUCUAUCAAAUGAAAGAAGAAGAAAUACAACUAACAAUAAAACUUCAUGGUGUGAAAAAUAAUUUCAAAUUCUGUGAAGCUCAUAUACCUUUUUACAAUAGAGGUCCAAUUACACAAUUAGAAUACAAAGUUAGUUUUGGCCAGUUUGAAGUAUUUCAAGAGAAAAGCUUACUGAUCUGGAUUAUUGGCCAGAAGUUCCCCAAAUCAAUGGAAAUUAGUCUUUCUGGAACUAUAAGCUUUGGAGCCAAGAGCCAUGACAAGCUACCAUUUGACCAGAUUUGUAUUGGAGAUACAGCAUAUGUAAAGCUUCAUUUUAGCAUCUUAGAUUACACACUCAUUGGAUGUUAUGUGGAUCAACAUUCAGUUCAAGUUUUUGCCUCAGGAAAACCAAAAAUAAGUUCACACCAGAAACUAGUAUCUUCUGAUUAUUACAUCUGGAAUUCUAAAGCCCCUGCUCCAGUAACCUAUGGAUCAUUAUUACUGUGAUUUUUUUAAUAUUUAAAUGGGAUUUAUACAAUAGUAACACAGCAUAAAUUAAAUCAUAGUUUUUAUAUCUAUUGUGUAUUCAUAUAACCUAUAAGUGAAAA